CUGAUUUUAGCACAGCAGCUAGCGGAGAGGAAAGCUGUCAAAUUAUGACUCCAAAUAGAGUCUCUGACGUUACUUUUUAACUUAUGAAUUUACAAAACAAAUUUUGAGAUGAAUUCCCGCUAGCAACUCCUAUGUUGUCACGUUGUUUAGCUCGCCUACGAACUGUUUAGCUUGUUAUUUAGAGUUGAGUUAGCUAGUAGUGUUAGCUAUGUUUACAGAGCUGAAUAGCAUCUUGAACACCACUCCCGACAGCUUCACACAGGGAGAAUUUAUCUUGGUCUCAGACAGACAGAGUGAUGCCUCUUUCCUCAUUCACCACUUCCUCUCUUUGUACCUGCGAGCUCGCUGCAAAGUGUGGUUUCUGGGUCUGGUGCAGUCCUUCAAUCAUUACAGCGCUGUCAGCCAGAGACUGGGUGUAAGCCUAGCACAAGCAAAGGAAAAGGGGCAGCUGGUUUUCUUAGAGGGACUACAGGAGUCGCUGUCUGUUUUGAUUCCUCAAGAAACAAACACAGGAAGUCAAGCCAUGGACUUCCUCAGGGACCCUUCAGUUGGUCUGAAGAGUCUGUACGAGUUUGUCCAGUCCAGUAUGAGCAGAUCUGGUGGCACGGGAGAGGGAACAGAUGGUGCAGAGGAGUGGGGACCCCCGGUGUUGCUGGUGGAUGACCUCAGUGUGCUGCUGAGUCUGGGGGUGAGCGUUGGAGCCGUGUUGGACUUAAGUCACUACUGCCGAGCCACCAUCUGCUCCCAGCUACAGGGCAAUGUGGUGAUGCUGGCACGCUGUGAUGGGGAGGAAGAGGAGGACGAUGGAGAUGAUGAAGGCUCAGAGAGACUUCUGAAGGGCCUGACGCACCAGUGUAGCCUAACUCUUCAUGUACAGGGUCUCCCGACUGGCUUCUGCAGGGAUAUACACGGGCAGUCACGAGUACCUAGUAGACGAUGCCUAAUCAGUCAGUCAUCAUUCCUUCAGUCUUCAGUCCAACACUGUGGCCAGAAAUUGUUUAUCUGGACAUCUACACAUAUUUGAUAGAAUUACCAGGUAUCAUUAGGCUGAAUGUUGUCUAUGAAUAACUAGCCUGUUAAUUGCAAACUCUUCAGUUGUGGAUAGGCUGAAAUUUAGAAUCCUUUAAAAGGCAGAAUCUAAUUCAUAUUUAUUGUGAUCAAAAAGGAAUUUUCACUGCUGCCAAAAUAAAGAAUUACCAUUCUCUGGAGGCUCGUAAAUUCUUACUGCUCUCCUUUUAGGAUCCCUUUCCUUUCCAGGAAGGAUCAUUCAUAUGUUUGUUUUACAACCUGCUGCACAAGUCUUUCUGCCAUAAGGGGCUGCAGCCUUGGCGAUUGGUACAUGAUGACAUGAUGCCGUCUGGUCUAUAGAUGAAAAACAUCUGCGUUUGUCUUUGUAAACAUUACUGAUGCUGUCAUUACCUGCAGCAGGAAUAACUUACAUUUAAUUGUGGUUUUAUGAACAUGAAUCACAGAUUGAACCCUUUUAAAGUACUGAUAUCUGAGUGAAAUCAAUGUACAUACAGGAACAAUAACUUUUAAGGUGAGAAAAAUGGUGCGACACGUGGCAUGAGUUCUGUUAGAGGCUACAUACAUAUAUUUAAAGUAUAUAUUGAGGAAGGUCAUUGAUAGAUGCAUGAAAAGCUGUUGAAUUUCUGGAAUAAAAAUGUAAGUAAACCAAUAGCGUUCUUUGUUUGCAGGUGGAAGUGUGUUGGAGGAGGAGACAAGGUGAUGGACAGUACACCCAGAAGAAACUCUUUCAGUACAAGGUCCAUGAUAAAGGAGCCUCCUUCUUUGCUCGUGGGACAUCCAGUGCUGUUCUCUAGUUCUACCUCACAACCUCCUAGUUUACCUUUUGUGUCUCUUACAUCUGGCAAAUGACUGUUAUAUUUACACAAUACAGAUGUUGGUUGUUUGGCUGCCAAAGUGGUUGGUGAACUCGACAAAUUCACCAUCCAAAGCCGAGCAUUACAUUUGGAUGCUUACUGGUGUGAGUCUGGACCCCAGACUGUCUGGAGGAGGGACCUCUGAAACGCAGCUCACUUUGCAAAUUUUUCUCAGCUAUUCAGAUAAGUGAAUAUACAAGAAAGGAGCAAUUCAGUCUGAUUAUGAGGCUGGUCUGCUGAAGAUGUGACUACAGACUACAGACAUGCUUUUGUCAGUAUUCAGUCAGUAGAUGAAUCAUUUUUUGUACGUUGACAGCAGGCUAUGUAUAAUUGCAGUCUAUUUACAUUUGUGAUUGUUAGUGCACAUUAAUGCCUCAUAGUCAGACUGUAGACCGAUUAAAGGGAAUAAUAAUUAAGAAAUAAUACCAGUUACCACUGAACAAAGCUAUCGCUGGAUGUUGGUUAAAUAAAAUGAAAUA